AUGGCCUUGGACCAGCGACCCCAGAACCCCUACGGGGCCCCCUCGACGACCAUCGAGCCGACCCAGACCUACCUCCAGCAACUGCGCUCCAUGGCUCACCGCAGAGACGUUCUCGUCAGGAACGGCUUCGUCGUCAAACCGCUUUCCGAGGCGGACAUUGACGAUAAGAAACGAUGCCGCAGGUGCAACAUGCGCUGCUCCAACAAGAAGAACAAGUAUAAACCCGACGCCAGAGACUCCAAGCGGGCGCACAAGAAGCUCCCGCUCGGCGGCUCCGGCCCCUCGUCCCAGCCCAGAUCCGUCGCCGUCCCCGCCGUCCCCACGCCCAGCGGCGAGGCACCGGAGGGCGCAAAAGAGGACGAGAAGCCCCCCAGCCAGUCCUCAAGUGCCAGUACCACACCGGCCGCGUCGUCCGCAUGGUACCUUACUCCCGUUCCCCUCCCGUUCAUCUUGAACCUCGCUUACAUGACCAGUACUGGAACUGCUGCCGCGCCCAUGUCUCCACCCCGGGCUGCACCUGGGCCCCGGAGCACCUGA